ACCACCACCACCACCACCACCACCACCACCACCACCAACGAGUCAACGACGGCUCGCACUGCACUGCACUGCACCCAUCACCCAACACCCACCACCACCCACGCCCACGCCCACACCAACCGACAACGACGACAACCUCCAACACCACCCUCCGCGCCGCCGCCGACGAAGAAAAUCGAAAAGAAAAGCCGCGAACUUGGAAGCCGUCGCCUAUUACGCAACCCUAAAUGGCGGCCUCCCCACCGCGGCGACGCGCCCGGCCCACCCGCAUCAGCAGCAGCAGCAGCUACUUCCCCGCCCCGCGCUACAGCCCGACCGCAUCGGCGCAACAACAACAAGUCCACACAAUGCCGUACCUACUCGCCUUGCCCACACCAUCGGCACCAUCACCACCGAGCGGCGGCGGGGGGGAUAACGGCGCAACCGGCCGCGGCAUCAUAAUCGGGCUGCUAUCGGCGUUCGGCUCGGCGGCGCUGGUGGCGCUGGUUUUUGCGUUCAUAUACUUUUUGCGAUACACCACGCGCGGCCGGAUACUCCUUGAUGCCCUGGGAAGACCGGGCGAAUAUGAUGAUGAGGCGCUCCGGGCAAAAGAGGAGGCUGAGGCUAUGGAGAGAAUGGAUGAAAUGGAGAGGUUGGAGUAUUUACGUGCUAAGUCGUUCGUCGAGGCAAAUCCGCCAGACUCGGUCCCGACGGAUAUAAGUUUGUCACAAUUCCUGGCCAUCCAGGAGAAAGGUGUAUCGGCGUGGGAGUUCGAGGCGGAACUGGAGAUUGCGAAUUGCUUUGUUGAGGCGCGGACGGAGGUGGAGUUCUACGACUCGGUGUGUUCGGUCCAGAGCAAUCUGCCCGUUCCAAAGCAGAAUGAAGUUUACUAUUGGGAGGCGAAAUUGUACGACAAACCUGAGAACACGCUGGUUUCCAUUGGCAUGUCGACGAAGCCUUACCCGAUGUUUCGGUUACCUGGAUGGCAUAAGCACUCCCUCGCGUACACCUCGACCGGCCACCGCCGCCACAACCAACCUUUCGCGGGCACAGCCUAUGGCCCCGCCUACAUCCAAGGCGACGUAAUAGGCGUUGGGUACCGACCGCGCAGCGGUACCGUCUUCUUCACCCGCAACGGCAAAAAACUCGACGACGUAGCGCACGGGCUCAAAUCCUUCAACCUGUUCCCGACGCUCGGCGCGAACGGCCCGUGCACCGUGCACGUCAACUUCGGCCAGCUCGGCUUCGUCUUCAUCGAAGCCAACGUCAAGAAGUGGGGACUCGCACCGAUGAACGGCUCGCUCGCGCCGCCGCCGCCCUACGGCUCCGAGCACGGCAGCAUCCUCCUCGAGGCCGGCCAGCGCGCCCCCGCCGACGGCGGCCGUGGCGGCGAAUACUUCGACCACGGCCGCGGCCGGGAAUUCGGCACCGACCACCACCAGCCCACCUCCCCCGGCCCCGCCCGCAGCCCCAACGAAAUCGGCCUUACAGACAUCGAGCACCUGCACCACCACCACCCGCACCCGCACCAGCAUGAGGUCGUCAUCCGCGUCGAGCCGCCGCCCGACUACGCCAGCCACACCAGCGGCAGUAGCUCUGAGGGCGAGGAGGAGGACGCCGGCGUAGACGCCGCGGGAAGAAGACGCGCGAGGAGGGAGCGCGAGCGCGCGAGACUGCUCGGUCAGACUCCCGCGUAUAAGGAUAUUGUCCGUGAACGGAGUCCUGGGAAUGGUGGCAGGUGGAGAAGCGGUAGUGCUCCUGCCGCUGCGGGACCAAGUGGGUCGCGUGCGUGAUGUUGCUACAUUAUGUAGCUGGCAGGCUUCGCGUUAUCUUCAUUUUCGUUUUCUAUUUUUCUUCAAUGCAUGGAGGUGGUAUUGGUUCGUUGGUUCGUUGGUUGUAUGGCAAAGGGGGGAGUUCUUGUGUGUUUUGCGUUUCCGUUGGCUGGUUGAGUCCAGAGAGUGGGUUGAGUGGGAUUGGGAUCAUUCAUUGCUGUUGCUAACUAUUCAUCAUCAUCAUCAUGACUCUCUCUUUUCUUUUUACUCUAUUCUACUCUAUUUGUGUGUGAUCUCUGAGCUUCCUGCAUGUUUGCAUAUAUCUACUGGCUGUGAUAUGCUGUGCUGUGAUAUAGUGGGAUGUAUCUAGUGGGAUGUAGUGGGAUGUAGGUUAGUGGGGAAUGGAAGAUCAUACGAUGUCACCCGCAAUUGGCACUUGAGACUUGAGGUGUAUGUAUGAAAACCAUGGUAUCGCAUUCUUUAG